UUUCUACUUAUCUCAGCCCCUGCUCUUUUAUUCUUAACAUUUGGGAAUAUCAUUGUUGGAUUUCAGUAUAGAUAGACAGAAUGGCAGCUACACAGAAACGCCCAGAGAUUAUUGAGCUGGCACGUGGGUUAAACGGGGUCCCCAUGUGCGAGGAAUAUGAAUGUAUGAUUUCUGGAAUGAUGUAUAACCCCAACAUACCAAAGCUCUUAGAAGCUCGCCACCGCUGCCGCGGCCUAACAGACGACUACAACAACCUGGACACCAAGACAGUCCCCUACGACCAGAUCGCAGACAAGCGCAUGGAGCGACUACGGGCGCUCGUCGGCCGCGUAGGAGACGGGACUUUCAUCGAGCCGCCCUUCAGACCCGACUACGGGUCCAACCUCAUCAUCGGAAGCGAUUGCUUCGUCAACUGGAAUGCUAGACACCAGUCUCGUCGUCAUCGGCGACCGGGUGCAAAUCGGCACGAAUGUCAGCAUCAUCACUGCCGGCCACGACACCAGUGUGCUUUCGCGCCGGAAGUUUGUCGAAUUCGGGCAUCCGAUUUUCAUCGAGGAUGAUUGCUGGAUUGGGGCUAAUGUAGUCAUUCUGCCGGGUGUGCGCAUUGGGAAGGGGUCCACCAUUGGUGCUGGGUCGAUUGUGACUAAGGAUAUUCCGCCUUAUUCUGUGGGAGUUGGCAUUCCUUGCCGGGUGAAGAAGAC